GAACGUGGAGGAAUAAGACAGAAACAAGCGGGAGACAUUUGAGAGGCUGGAGGAAUUGAUCAGCUGGGGAGGAGAGGUUUGUGUCACUGUGUGUGCAUUAUGCUGAUGCCUCCAGGGUGUGGAGAAGCAUACAAGACAGGGUGAUGUCCUUGAUUCUGGUGUUAUUAUAUUAGCGGGAGAAGACAUCAGUUAGGACAAGGUAUAUGUCAUUGUACUGGUGAGUCCACACAGUGAUCCACUGAGGAGAAUUUCUGAGAGCAAGAGACGCAUGUUGUAUGGGUACAUGUACAAAUAGCUAGGACUUGAAUCUGUUGUUCUGUCUGUCAGUCAGUUUGUCUGUCAGUUGAAUAUUAUGCUUUUUCAUGUACAUAUUUACCAACAAACCCUGUUCACAUGUCCACGAAUCUGGACAAUUCUGGAGCAUAGAGUCACAGUCACAGGCAUAUAGUCAAACCACUGUGAACUAGGACUUCUGUUAUUGUGUCCGUCUGUUUGUCUUUCUGCCUGCCUGCCUGUCUGUACAUAAAGAUAUCUUGAGCUAAUACUGCCGAUGUUUCAUUCUGUGAGCCAGUCUGACAUAUCAAAUGAUGCAGUGCCCUUGUGACGUAGUUCUACUGGCUGCUAUCCUCGGUUACCUACUGGGGUCAGGCUCUGCCUCUGUCGGUGACCGAAGCUGGGUUUUCAGGCGGUGUAUGGACACAUGUUUACAUCAAAAAUGCACCAACAUGGCGCGCUUCCAAUCCAAGCAGCCCUGGAUCAGGCAAGUGUUGCGUUGGGGCUGUAUGGACGAAUGUCAGUAUACUUGUAUGUGGAAGACAGUGCGAGCCUUUGAGAAGGACGGUUCCUCAAUACCACAGUUCUUUGGCAAGUGGCCAUUUGUUCGUCUGUGGGGAAUUCAAGAGCCAGCAUCUGUGUUUUUCUCCAUUCUCAAUCUUGCCACCCAUUUUUUAAUAUUCAAGUUUCGCUCCAAGGUGCCUUCCUCAGCCCCAAUGUACUAUGUAGUGCAUGGGGCAUCCCUGGUUGGUUUUAAUGCCUGGUUCUGGUCUAUCGUCUUUCACACAAGAGACACAGAUUUUACUGAGAAAAUGGAUUACUUUUGUGCCUUUUCCGUGGCCAUGUACAGCCUGUUCGCUAUGUGCUGCAGAUUCUUGGGAACAGAAAAGCUGUGGAAACCUUCAGUAGUCGGUGCAGCUUUACUGACGGGCUAUACACUCCACAUUUACUACUUGGGCUGGAUUAAGUUUGAUUACUCUUACAACAUGGCUGCCAAUGUUACUGUGGGCUGGGUGGUGACGGGAGGCUGGCUUGCCUGGUGUCUGAUGGUGAGACGACAGAGACCGUACGUUUGGAAGCUUGUCGUGUUCUUGGUCUUUGUGAACCUCCUCUUACUUCUGGAGGUGGGUGACUUCCCUCCUCUCUGGACGUUUGAUGCCCACUCCCUGUGGCAUGCAGGCACUGUCCCACUGGGCAUUCUUUGGUACAGUUUCAUGAUAGAUGACAGCUUAGCAUUAUGGAAGGAGAAACAGGGGAGAGAGGAGCAGACAGAAGAUACAAAUGGAACAAAAAAAGCUGUGUAGAUGGUGGAUAGUUUCAUCAAGGUUUUAGAUGAGGCCUUUUCCAAGACUGUAAAGGUUGUGCCCAAAAUACACGUACAAAGCGCCCAAAGUAGCCGUCCGAAAGACUUGACAUUUUUCACUGCAAUGAAUGUAAUAAACAAAAAUAUUUAUUUCAUAAUCCAAACUUGAUGAGUUAAUGAGGCAAGUGAGUUAAUGAGAUAAGAUUAUGCCAGAUAACCCCCAAAAAGGCCUCUGAAUGAGCAAGAUUGUGCCUUUAAAUUUUGAGUGUGGCGAAAUUAAGGCCAAAUAUUACAAUACAGGGUGUGCCGAAAAUAAUGUAAUCUAAGCCUCUGUUUUUGCGCUUGAAUUCAGCAGUGUUACAGCAUAUUAGUAUUGUAUAAAUUAUCAUCUGCAUAUAGAGAUCAUUGUUCUUUGUCAUCAAAAAUGACACCUUUGAGCAUGUUGGGGAGGGUUUUCUAUCAAAGCGCCUACAGAUUCUAUUCAGGUGAGAUGUUGUACAUUUUACUGUGUUACAUGUUCUAAUCAUCUAUGACACUGUGAUACCUGCAAUAUGUAAAUCAGCUCACCUGGUCUGGAUUAGCAGUGUUUAAGGUCACAUGAUUGUCUAGGUCAGACUCACAAUACUGAUGUUCCACAUAAUCGUAAGCGCCAAUGAUUCAUCUGUAAAAUAGUCUAGAAAAAUGGUAUCUCAGAGGAGCGUAUUUUAUUACGGUUUUAUGGAUGAAGGAAACUGGAAUGCCCAUAGUAAAUCACCAACCUUAGACUCAUUACUGACGAACUUUCUCAUAGACAGCACAAAAUACAUGCAAAGAAUUCCCAAGUUCAUAUAAAUUCAAAAAUUUAUAUAAAUCUGCCUAAGAAAAGUUGAUCCAAAUGUGCGACUUCUCAGUUUUUUUUUUUGGAGUAUCUAUUCUUUUGCAUUAUGCUGGGCUUAAUGGUGGAUCAACAUGUGUUAAAUCGGCCCAAGCGGUGGACUCUGUUUUCUGUAAUAUGUCUCUGUUUCUGUAUAGAUGUGCACAGAAAGCAAAGAGGUUCACAAGCACUGCAGCAUAACGGCACAAACUGAUGUGCUUUUUUGCACAGCUGGUAAGUGACUUGUUUACAUUGGAAAUCGGCACAGUUCUGUAGCCUUUACUCUCAGGGACUCUCGAUGUUCAUUGUCGAUGUUGGAGGAGAGUGGUGCCUUUGCAAGUCUGGCUACGGAUUUUAUUUGGAAGGUAUAUCAGAUACCAGACAAAGGCCGGUGGGUUCCUAUAAGCUCUCUGGUUUCCCCCACCAAUAAACCUGGUCAUUGCCACAUAAAUAUUAUUUUUGGAUACAGAAUGAAACACCAGCGAAAUGAAAAAAAAAAAUACAUGAAUAACUUCAGUGAUUCUCACUAGUGUAUUGUACCACCGAUUUUAAUAGUUUUCAUGUCAGUAACCGGCGGAUGGUCGGGGGAUUCCCCUGGGCCAUGCCUGGUUUCCUCGAUAUAAGUGAAAAUACUGUUGAGUAUAGCGUAAAACACCAAUCAAAUAAAUAAAAUACAUGUAAUUUUUAAGGUUUCACUGCUUUUGUACAUAUCCUUAUUAUCCUGUAUAUCAGGUUUAACAAAAUCUUAACUUGAUGAUCAAUCAGCACAGUGUAAAUUUUCAGUAUUGAAAUUUGGUCUGUAUACUUAGGACAUAGUGGCUUUGGAGUGUAUAAAUUUUUAGAAGCUAAAGUAAGAGGGUUUCAGAGAUAUUGAGUGUCAAAGUACGGCCCAUUUUUAUAUGCCCACCCAGUAUACACCUGUUAAAUACUAAAGAGAUCACACCAUCUGUCAUGGCGGUGUAUGAGUAUAUACACCGCCAGCUUUCUUGGACGAUGUGUUUUGGAUGAUUAUCUCUGUCUUGGGCAAUCUGACUAUAUCCCUUCUAGUCAAGAGGAAAGAAAUGCUCAAUUUUUCAAUGAACAGGGGAUUUUGACCAGUCAUAAGCAGCAUGUUGAAAAAAAGGUCAAUCAGAUGUCCCUGCACAUUCAUCACAAAUGUUCAAUUGCCACUAUUGCUUUCACCGAGAAUGAAAUGCUGGGACAGUGGAUGUGUUUGGUAAAUUCAUCACUACAGUAUAUGUGGUAUCCUUUGUCCACGUUAAAAUUGGUCCAGUGUCUUGAAACAAACUUCAGUUUUCAGGCAUGGGAAAUAAGAGUGACAAGUUUCUUGUAAGUAUAGUUGAGCAACUCAGUUGUUACGUUCUAGUUUGAGCGUAUAUAUAAGUUUUCAUAUCUUUUGUGAAAGUAAGUUUGUUGUGUGAAAAUCGGACCUAGUGUCUGAAAGCUUGACAGAUGCUGCCAGUUCUAGUCGACCUACGUAGAACCAAAUUUAAUCUAGUUAGACAGCACUAGGUGAUAAGAAUCGCAAGGUUUUGUCAGUUAUUUGACAAAUAAAGCGUAAUUUUUGAGUUGUACGAUCACUAGUCAACUUACUCUCAGCUUUACCCCAAUUAGGCACUUCACAGAGUUGUGAAGGUUAUGCAUUUAGCAUUCCAGUCACUGUGAGUUCAAGCCCAGCUCAUGCUGGCUUCCUCUCCGGUCUGGGAAGGUCUGCCAGCCAGCAGCCUGCAGAUGGUCGUGGGUUUCCCCCAGGCUCUGCCCUCUUUCCUCCCAUCACAAUGCUGGCCACUGUCAACUAAGAAUUUCUAGAAUACAGCAUUCUAAAAAAAAUUAAAAAUAAAUAAAUCAAAUAUUUAGAAACAUUGUGUAAUGCAAACCUUGUUGCCGAUAAGGGUGUAAAAUUCAUAUUAAGACACAUGUAGUAUCCACAGUUACUGGAUUGAGAUUGCCCCAGCAUUGUCGCAGUCUUUACAAAAAAAUAUUGUAGAGUUGGGCAUAAAAUCAAUUUGGUCAUUAGGUGUUUGCGAUUGGGGGGAGUUUGAAUAGCAUUGAAUGCUUUUGUGUUGGAUAUUUUCAAACAACGUGAAGUAUAGGACAGGUACAAUUGUACGGCUCAAUGAUGAAGUACUAGGUACAUGUAUACUGAUUAUAGUAUUAAUGCGAAUGCUGUAGGCCUACUAAGAUUAGCAGUAUCUCGUAUCCCUUUGGUUUUAUUAUUGUUUAUGGUUUGUAUGAAUUUGUCAUGUAAGUAUGGCUGCUUGCUACACUCUGCAGUUGUUCAUGUGUGAAAAUCAUUAUUUUUCUGUAUGUUUCAUCUGUGUUUAACUGAAACGUAUAUCAUU